AAUCAAUUUAAUAAUUAUAUUCGGCAGAAAUGAUCUACAAAAUCAUUUACAAAAGGGAUAAUUGCGGCAUUAAUGCUUAUGUAGUUCAGUUUAUUGCACUUAAAUGCCUAUGUAAAAUUUUUGACGGCAAUAAUGCCUACCGUUACGAUUUUAGAGCAGCCGUUGGUCCCUGGGCCGUUAGGGGUAUAUUUGAUACACGUGUCACGACCCGAUUGGGUUAAAUUAUUAAAAUUUAAAAACAAAAACAAUUAAUGGUUCAGGUUUCUAAUUAAAAACAAAAAAAAAACUAACCUUCAUUAAUUAAUUUAACAAGAAAAACCGAUUGUCUAAAACCAAGUUCUAAAACUAAUCUAAAACAAAAAAAACUCAAAACUCCAUACCCAGAAAAACGAUGAAGAUGAAGUUUCCCCCCGACCACACCCAGACGAUCCACCCCCGACAGUGUAGCACGUGAACCCAGUAGAAGAAAACUUGUAAUUCCUUCGAAUUGGGGGUUAGGGCAUCUUUUGCAUCAGGUUAAUGGAGAACGGAAAAAAUUGCCAUUGUCGACCACCAAGGCCAGUGGUAGAAAAAACGGCUUGGACAAACAAAAAUCCUGGGCGAAGAUUCAGAACAUGCAACAAGUAUCGGAUUCAUGGUGGGUGUAAUUUCUUUGAAUGGAUAGACCCUCCAAUGUGCCAUCGAGCAAAGGUGGUCAUCCCUGGACUACUAAGAAAAAUUGGUGACCUUGAAACUGAAAUCACAUCCCUAAGUACGACAACUGACAUUGGAAGUCAUCGGCAAUGCAGUGGUUCUUCAAAUGGAUUUGAGACACAAUCUCACAACCUUCAAAAUGUUGGAAGAGAAAGCUGUGAAAGUUGUGCUGAAAGCAGGGGUAGAGUAAAUGAUGGAGGUCGAAUGCAGUGUUACUACUUUUUGAAUACUAUGUAUUUUGCUGUAAUUCUAUUGGUUGUGGUUAUUUGGGCUACAAAAUCAAAGUAGAAGUUGUUGGCAUUGAUUUGUAAUGAAUUUUGUUGUAAAAUGAAACCCCAAAUCAAUGUAAUCUAUCUUGAUUUUGAAUUCAGUGUUCUAGUUUAUGUAUUUUGUGAAAUAAAUAUGAUCUGAUCUGUACAUGACCAAUAUCAUGGAACAAAAAUAUAGGCCAAAUGAUCUGAUCUGAUCUGAUCUGUAAAUAUGUAUUACCAUAAGAGAUAGGUACAAAAAUAUAGGCCUAAAAAGCCAAAUGUAUCUGAUCUGUACAUGACCAAUAUCAUGGCCAGCAUGACCCUGUCAUGACUCAAAAAACAGACACCAAAAUACAUGACUCUAAAAUGGUCAACAUAACAGACACCAAAAUACAAGAUUCAACCACUAGUUCAAAAUAAAAUCAAAAGAUGAAA